AAAUUAAAAUUACAAUUUCAAACAUUUAGGUUUGAUUAAAAUGCAGCUACUCCAAUAAAUAAUUUACUGAACUUGUCAGUACAUUUAAAGAAAAGCCCCAAAGUAUAAUUGCAUUUACGCGGCAUGCUUUACAGUUGUGCGUGAAGUCGAACGAGCAAGAUGAUGACACCAUAUGUCGACGGUAACCACACUGACGAAAACGUUCAAGUGGUGGCAACAACAUUUUCCAAUUCGCUAAUCAUUUCAAUUGUGUAUGGAAUUAUUGAAGUGUUUGGUCUGUGUGGUAACAUUCUUGUUAUAUUGACAGUUUGCAGUGGGACGCAUCGUCUUCAAACAAACUAUUAUCGUCUUGUAUUCCAUCUUGCUGUCUGUAGCAUAAUUUUGCUGUUGUUUGGCAAUGUUUUGUUCACAAUAGGACCUUGGUUGGGAACACGCUACUGGUCUAGUCCUCUUUGGGAGUUAUCCUGCACUGUCAUUCAACCCAUUGUCAGUUUUAUCUUUACUACUGAACUAGGCCUCUUAGUUAUAAUCGCAAUUCUUCGCCACAGGGCUAUCGCACAGCCAUUUCAGCCGAAUGUAACCGUCAAGAAGCUGAAAUAUACCAUAAUAUUAAUUUACAUUGCACCUUUUCUUAUCAAUAUCCCAACGUUCUUGUCGAAACAAACUGUAGGUCGGGAAUGUACAAACAAAUGGAAAAAGAACAUAUACUAUUACAUAUUUGAUUGGGUUUUGAGUCUUGUUUGUACUUUAAUACCCAUGAUAUUUCUUACUGUUCUGUAUACGAAGAUGUGUUACUCAAUGGCUCGUCAUCAGAGAAAUCUACGCCGACUAUUUGCUCCAGAAGUGACAAACUCUACUAACAUUAGCGGAAAGUCAGUAGCCAACAAACAUUACCAUUUGCGUUUGAAGAACAAUUUCAAAAUGGUUAUUGUGAGUAUGAUUGUUCUAGCGCAGUUCUUCAUUGCUGUAAUACCAAUAUCUGUGUUAGGUAAACUCGUAGCUCAUGGAAGAGAAGAAGACAAAUUUCACAUGAUAUGGGCGUUGCCAAUGUAUCUGCUAGUAUCUUGUUCAUUCAAUCCGAUCGUGUAUGGAAUUGGGGACAAAACAAUUCGUGCAGGAUAUAAAACUGCUUUAAGAAAAUUAAUUUCUUGCAAAUAGCCGUGUAGUAUUAGCUAUAUAAUUAUAUGAUCAGUUCUCCCUAUUACUAUAGUAAUAAUAUGUAUAUUGCUAUAUUGAAAAAUA